AUGGUCCAUGUGAACCAUGUGUAUCUGAUUACAGCCCAUCACCAGAUUAUUGCGGAUUAUUCUCACUGUCACCAUACGUUAAAGGAGCAGCAGUUCCAGCAAUCAAACCCCACCUCACUUCUAUUCGAGCUCGAGCUCAAACGGAGCUGGAAAGUUCGAGGAGACAAAUGUUUGGUGAUUGAUCCGAAGCUUAGUGGGUCUCUGUCACUUCUGGUCCAAAGCUCGGAACUGAAGGGAAGGGGAAGAGAUUUUGUUCCAAUUGUAGACUUUAUUAAAAUUCGAAAAUUUAUCGUCUCGAGCCUCGGAAGCAAUAUCCUCAGUAUGGCCGCUUUCAGAGAUAUCACUUUCUCGAUCAUCUUCUCAAAUGACCUAAGUAUAUAUGGUUCAGAGGAUGAAGAUGAAGAGUUAAAAGGAGAGGGCAAACGAGAAGAAGAAGAGGAGGACGAAGAAAUUGGCUGCUUCUGA